AUGGUGAGUAGAUAUUUUAAUACAUGCGCUUGUAAAUACUUCAGCUAUAAGCUAAAAAAGGAACUAAAAACAUUUGUUGAAGAUCCUACAGAAACAGUGGCUAAUUACAAACGAAUAGGGGAACAAAGUCAAAAAUACAUUACAAAUGUAAAAAACUUUAAUCAAGUGUGUAAUGGUCAUGAUGCACAUAUUGAUGAUCAUACAUACUUGGUGUUUCAUAAUUUGGAUGAACACUAUAAUAAUAUUGAAAAAAAUAAAAUAAAUUCAUGUAAUUGUCCAGCUUAUAUUAAUAGUCACAAGAAAUAUAUGAAAUUUUUGAGAGAGUGUCAAUAUAAGUUUAACAAAAUAUUUACAAGUAUUCUUGAUGGAGCAGAAACAUUAUAUCACACAUAUAGGAAAAAUAUGUUAUACUAUCCAAUUGAAUAUCGUCCCUCGAAGAGAUCACCUGCAAAAAAUCAAAAAUCAGUCACAGAAGAAAAAUAUGGGAUAGAACAAGGAAAAAUCACAGUGAAAAAAACAGAAACAACUACAAGUCUACAUACUAACACAAUCCCUAAGCCCCAAUAUACUAAAAGAAUAUUAACUCAUACAAUCCAAGAAGUUAAAACAAUUACAAGUGCAAAUAUUGACGAAAUUACGGGGGUAGGAACAUCCAUGUAUCAUUCCUUUGCUAAUAUUCAGUAUACAACAUUAGGUUUAUUUUUAAAUCCAAGCGUAAAAAAUAUAAAAAGAAUGAUUAACAAAAAAUAUAAUGAUCAUACAAAUCUGAUGAAUUCAUUUGAAUGA